AUGCUCACCAUUAGCGCCCUCUACCUGUUGAUAGGGUUGCAGCUGAAGAGGGAGAAGCUGAGGCAGACAAUGGAGUCAAAGUCUGGUUUUGGGAAAGACAGCUUUUGUAAUGUCCGCACCAAACAGCAAAAGGCAAGGCGGCAGCAAGUCACCAAAAUGUUAUUCGUGUUGGUGGUGGUGUUCGGGAUCUGCUGGGCCCCGUUCCAUAUCGACCGCCUCAUGUGGAGCUUCAUCAGCGACUGGACCGAAAACCACUUGGAGAUUUUCCAGUACGUGCACAUAAUCUCUGGUGUGUUUUUCUACCUGAGCUCAGCCGUCAACCCCAUACUGUACAACCUGAUGUCGACCCGCUUUAGAGAGAUGUUCAAAGAGGUCAUGUGCCACCGCCCUCACCACAAGACGCCCAGAAAGCACUCGCUCAGUGUGACCCGCGUAACCGUCCGAAGCACUCUAAGUGACGCUCCACUUAGCAACGGCACGGCUGUGGUGGAAGUGGAGGACGGAGAGGCAAGGGGCAAAGAUGAGACCAGUUUUUCCUUUUAG